UUGCUUCAGUAUCAGAGAUCAUUCUAAUCAAAGAUAAUUACACUGCUGAGACUACUUUCUCUCACUCUCAAGCUUCUCUCAUCACUUUCUCUUUCUUCUCUGCAGAGAAGGUUAUGCAUACAUCAGAUUAUAAGCAUUCAAUCUCAGAUAACUUUCACU